AAGCUCCUGCAGCUUCACCUUUGGAUUAUGCAGAAUGUUCUCUCCUUUCUAAAUAGCCAGCCUGAGCCAUGGCUGAGCUUUGGCUCAAUGUUCUUGGAUACAGAACCCAACUACACCUUUCUGAGUGCAGCAGGGUUGCUUUUUCUCCCGUUCUUGUGCUAUCCAUUGCUGAAACCAUGGUUACCAUUCCUCUGGAAAAACAAAGACAUCCAAAAGCCACAGCUCAGUGUCAAAAGGAGAAGUGGAACAUUGAGAGGUCAGAAGACAGGCCAGGGAGAAGCCGAGGAGUGGAGGAAGCUGCUUUCUAUUCUGAAAAGCCCCUCGGGCCAGCACCAUGACAUUACACACUUCCGACAACUGCUGUGUCCAGAUCCCUUCUGUAAGGUGUGUAAUACCACAACAGCUAAGGUCCGUCGUCUGCUCUCUCAGGCAUCCCUGGAAGAUGAUGCUCCCACUAUAUCUCAUUUGUCAUUCACUGCUUCAGUGAGAAAGCCAUCACUCACUCCAACCUCUGCCAUCUCUGCGAUUUCUGCAGGGCAGCCAACUCCAGCCUCAUUGACUGAACAGUCUCUGCUUCAGCCCUCCACUGCCCCACCUUCCCAGGUCACUCCUUUAGCAGAUCCACUUUCAUCCUUGGUGCUGAGUGACUCUGUGUCAGCAGAGCCCAACCCUCCCUUAGAUCCCAGAGUCCCUGUGGACCAAGUCCCAUCGGAGCCACUUACCACUCCCUCUUGCCUACCACAUCCUACUCAAGUAAAAGAAACUGUACUGCAACCAGAAGCCCUGCUGUGCGUUGAUGAUCGCUCUGGUGACUUGUCCACUGAUGACUUCAGUUCAGCAGAGGCCUCCUUUGGAGCACAAAGCACAGCUGACCAGGUAGAACCUGGAUCCUUAGGGGUUCCCAGAUCUGCUGAUCCUGCCCUCCUUGAGAAUGACAUCAAAAAAACAGAUGAUUUCCUGAUGUGCAGUGAACAAGAAAAAGAAGCAGAAUCUUUUGCAAAACGACAUGAGCCAGUCUGCCCACUGACUACUACAAGAAGACCAGAGUCUGCUGAGGAUCAGCAGUGCUCUGUACUCUCCUGUCUUCUUGAGAGCAGUGACAGCAAACGAAAAGACCUGCACAUGAAUCACAAGGUUACAGGUCCUAAAAACUUGGAGGAUCAGGUAGAGCAAAAAGGUAACCAGUUCUGCCAUCACCCAGAACUGCUUAGACAGUCGCUGAAUCCUCUUAUCAAUACUUCAGGUGACUGUUUCAGUGCAAUAGCGAAGAUCUUCAAAGCCUAUGAAGCUCCAGUCCUCCCACACACUCCUCCUCUUUUUUUGGCAGAGGUCCAACCUCAAAUCGUGAGGCAGUCUCCAACCCACCAUCUCCAUCUUGUACAGGCACAGGGCCAGCUUCAGUCCCUGUCUACAGUACUGCCAGAUCCUGCUCUAGCCCAGAAUCGCACCUGGGAAAUGUGUUUUCAUAGCACUCAGAGUGAGGUACAGUCUCUCACACUUUCUGAAGUUCGCCACCUAGAAUAUAAUAUGCUACCAAAAGUACAAGAAAGUGAGCGGUGUUUCCCCUCUGUGGUCCAAAAAUUCCAGGAAGACAUUGGUCCUCCAGCUCACAAGCUACCAUCAGUCACUGAGUCCCCCAAAGCCCAAGUGCCUGUCUCCAUCCUUCCUAGAAAACUCACACUCAGCAGUGAGCUGAGGGAAAAAUUCGAACACCAUUUUCAAAAGAAGCUCAUUGAAUACCAGUGGGGCUUGUUCCCCAGAGCUCCAUCAGUGGUGUGUCCCCUUCAGACACAGUGCCCUGUGACAGCUGAGACAAAGAGUAGUCAUGGAACCAACCAUGUCUCUUUGCUUAAGAGUCAGAGCAGCAAAGACCUCAAGAAUUUUGAACUGAGCCAAUCCAGGUUUCAUGAGAGCAUCCAAGAAACUCUUCCUCUCCAGAAGGGGGUGGAGAAGAGACAGGAGCACAGUCCAGAGACUGGCUCCAAAAACAAUCAGUUGGGCAGCCCACAAGAGGCUCCACAGAGUGUUCUGGGCUCUGACUCAGAGACAGACCCAGAGAGUCACCUGCAGAGGUUCAUAGGGAAAAUUUCACAGGCAUCAUGUGUGAGCUUAAGACAGAAGCAAAUUAUAAAAGCCUUAGAAGUACAUUUGUACAAGAAAUCUGAGGAAAUCUGUAAGGGUCACAUCCCUGAUACUGUGAACAUAUCAAGACAUUCCACCAGUUCAACACUUUCCUUAGCUGAAGAAUGCUCCAAGCAAAUACAAGAUGGACAUCUGGCAUCAUUGGAGGGUAAAGACAGCUACCCAAAUACUUCUCGGAAUAUUUCCUUCCUCAGUUACAGCAAAGAAAAGAUGUUGGAAGAUCAUAUUAAAAUUUUUCAUAGCAGAAAGAUGCAGGGACUUUCACACAAGGCCCAGGAAUCCACAGAAAUCUCCAUCCCAAAAAAGGAUCCAUCACAGCCCCUUUCUGAUGACCACAUUCCCUCAUCAGACACAAAUGUUUCUGGGCUGCAUGCUAAACCUGAGGUCUGUAAGCUCCUUAGAGAAAGUACCAGUGCUCUGCAGACAUGCAUUGUGAAAACACCAAAUUCAGUUUUGGACGGUCCUUGUCCUGCUACCUCACCUGUAGACAAGGAAGGACAGGGGGACCUGAGACAGUCACCCUCUUCUACCAUCCCUGAGCUUACUGGAAACAUCCAGACAUUAAAGGAUGGCACACAGAUCAUUUUGAACCUCCAACACAACAUAGACAAAGCAAGUCAGAAGCAGAAUUUGCAAGCCAAGAGAAGCAGCCCAAGGUUGCCCACACGGCUGACUGGGGCAGGACCUGAGAAAAGGGAGAAGAGAAUGAGCUCUGACAGUGACACAGAAAGGUUUCUGAGCCAAAUGACAAUGCAGUUACAAAAUUUCCCUGUGUGUAAGAAGGCUGGAGCUUUGAAAGCACAGGAGCUCAUUGUGCACCAGUCACAGCUCAGUAACGUCUCGACAAGCAGUAAGUCAGAAGGCAUCCCAGAAAGAGAUCUGAGUACAGGUAAGCCAGAAGCUUCUCUGACUACUGAAAGGUCUCCAGGAAGAACAGUAGUUCCCCAGGACCUCAAGCCAUCAGGCUUUCAAAAUCAGCUGUCUAGUGAGCCGAUGUUUGAAAUGGAGAAUGUGGAGCAGAGUCAGGCUCAGGGCCUUUCCGCUGAUGUGUCCCUGGCUUCCAGUGACUUGUCUCCCAAGACUUUAUUCCAUCAUGACCAAGGUGACUGCUAUGAGGACACAGCAACUUCCCAGGACAAAAUAAAAACCCACAUGGAGGAGGGGAAAGAGCCUCGGGACCCUCAACAUGUCUUACGUCAGUACCAGGACAAGAAAUUCCUCACAGCAGAAAAGAGAACACAUUCUCUGACACUGAAAAGAAGAGAUCCUGGUGGGAUAAAUGCAGGUCUGGGUGCAUACCAGGGCAGGGAGAGGAGCCGCCCUGACCAAGACACUACAUUGGAUAAGACUCACUGGAGCAAGUCCUCCCUAUCCCUGUCACUGGAGAGACAGCCUCCUCUUGAAAAUCUUUUCAAAAAUAAGAUGAAACACUACUUCCAAUGGUUUUGUCCUAGUACGAAAUACAGAAUGCAAGAAAGCUCCAAGGAGAAGACCAGCACCCCAUCCUCCUCUGCACUGAGCAGAGGCCUGGAGAAAGCAAGAGCUGGAUUGCCUGGGAACUCCAGAGACGGGAAAGUCAGCAGAGGCUUUGCAAAGUUCUUUAACCAGAAAGUGCAGGAAGAACAUUUUCUUCCCCUCAAAUAAUUUCUCCACUGUUA